AUGUAUACAACUUCACGUAAAAAGGAUUGUUUCGCAAUAACUGUCGGCACUGCCAAACAUUUCAAAGCUUCCAAGUUCGGGUGGUAUUUUAAGUCUUGCCUGGGAUUCAAAUCUUCUAACAAGUCACUCAGCGAGAAAUUUAAGUGUGACUGUGGAGUUAAAGAUGUCAAACCGGUCACUAAAUUCAAAAUAGAAGUUAAAGUUGAAUAUGAUAACCACAAAGGGACCUUUGUAUUUUGGGAUAAGGAUUAUAUACCAUGCACUAAAAUGAUUGCUAAAGAAUUAAGACAACUCAUGAAGGCUGGAGAGGACAACCCUAAGAUUUGGCCAGCUCACCUAGACAUUUUGUUGAAUAAGGACAUGGCAUUUCGUAUCAAGUAUUAA